GCCACCAGCUCAGAGAAGUAGUCCAGCCACUCCAGUAACACUCAGCUUGACUCCUGCAGCUGCAGCACACAUUAACUCAACCUGUUAGCAAAGACUGAAUCAAUCAGCAAGGUGACAGCAUCUUAUUUCUGUGUCUCACUCUAAACUGAGCUCACUCAGAUCAAGGGCAGCUUGUUACACCUGAGCCUCAGAGCCGACCACAGCGGAGAUGAUGACUGUGCAACACUCGCACAGCUUUCUGGUCCUUCUCCUCGUGGUCUUCAUCACUGGGAUAGUUCUCUCUGGCCCUUCAACUCCCCGCAGGAGCAGAGUGAGACGUCAGAACAUGAAAGUCCGUAUCAACGCCACAGGAGACACCAUCGUGAUGAAGUUUUUGCGUCCCAACGCUGACACCAAGCUUGAGGGUUACAUACUGGGCUACGGCAGCAGCAUGUUCUCCAAACAGUACAUUCAGCUGCCUGAGAACGGACAGCCUUAUGAGGCUGAGUUUGAUGCUGAGCCCAAGUACCUUAUUGCCGUUCAGCCCAUCCCAAACAAUGAGGUGAAGAAGCAGUGCACAGGUAAAGUGAGCCUGGAGAAGCCGCUUCACCUAGUCAUUGGGUCAGUAACGCCCACCUCAGUGAUACUGUCCUGGGGGACCCUGCUGAAAACUCCGUAUGAAGGAAACGUCAUGAAUGACUGUCUUGAGGAUGGACACUACACAGUGCGUUAUCGUGAGAGGAGCAGGAAGUGGAACUACCAAACCUGCCCAACUAGCGAUACGGUCAUUGACAACCUGAAGCCCAACACAGUCUAUGAAUUUGGUGUUCAGCCCAACUCUAAGGAUGGCACUGGAGUUUGGAGCAAGCCGGUCAUUCACAACAUCAGCUCAGGGGGCAUAGAGGAGAAGGCCAUCAGGAAAAUCUUUAAGCGUCCCGUCAACCCUGUGAAACCUUUAACGCCAGGUCCACACUCCUUCCCCUUUUCUCCACGCCAUGUUCCCAAUAACAGGACCCAGGGCAGGCCACCUGUUUUGCGGAACAUAGCCCCAAAGACAACUCUUGCUCCCACCACAACUACUACACAGGAAUCUCUGUCGACCCCUGGACCCACACUGCCAGUGGCCACCAAACAGCCAAUCGGAGGAGGAGACCUCUCCACAUCUGUGUUGCCUCAAAUCAUGGAGGUACCCUUAGCUCCCAAGUCCCGUCUUCCACUUCACAUAACAGCCAGCUUUGCAUCUGUGCCAGUUCCUCAGAAAAAUGUAAAGGAACAUGGAGAGCAUCCUCUGAGUAAACCACAACAAAAGCCCCCAUCCCAUCCAAAACCCCAACCAACAUCUCAGCCCAUACUCCAGACCCAGACUCAACCAAAACCCCACCCAACAUACCAGCCCCUACCCCAGACCCAACCACAACCCCACCCAACAUCUCAGCCGAUACCACAGACCCAAACACAAACACAACUUCCAUUCCAGCCGAAGUCACAAUCUCUGCCAAAGCCACAUCCUCAAUCACAGCCUCAAACCCCAACCCAGCUACAGGCUGAAAUACAACCUCAACCAACACUCCAGCCCAAAUACCAGGCCCAACCUCGAACACAACCAUAUCCAAAGACCCAAGCUAAAGUUCAAACAUCCCCCCAGGCCACACCUGUGGCACAUCCACAAAUACAUCAAUCAAAACUCCAUAACAUACCUCAGACCCAACAAGCAGUACCAAAGAUUCGAACUUUGAGAAAAAAAUUGAGGUUUGGGCUGACCAAACCUCAACCACAAUUUAGAACUACAACUAAGCCGCAAAUCCAAACACAACCAAAGACCAACCCAAAGCCUCAGCCACAACAUCCAUUAAAAACAAACCCAGAGCCUCAGCUAACCACCAAGCAGCAGUCUAAGGAUCAAACAACAACUAAACCAAAGAUCAGUUUUUCCCAACCUAAGCUCAGAACACAGCCUCAACCCAAAGGCCAACCCAAGGCCAGGACGCAGCCUGAACCAAAGUACCAACCUAAGCCCAAAACACAGUCUCAAAAAAACAAGCAGCCAAAGCCUCCAGGAAAGCCCAGAACAAGGGACCAACAAGAACCCCACCCAAAGAUUCAGCCAAGGCCCCAAACACAACCUCCAACAAAGAUCAAGGCCCAACCUGUAUCUCAUAUUCAACCCAUUCCAAAACCACAACCUUUCCCAAAUGCCCAAACUCAAUCCACACUUGAACCUCUACCCAGGCCACAACCUCAACCUGGGAUUCAAUCUCAAACCAGGACCUACUCUGAUCCGACCAAGGUCACCCCAAGGCAGGCAGUCUCUACGGCUCCUAGUCCACCAGAAGAGGGUAAACCUCUGCCAAGACCUGCCCUGGCUACAGAGAAGGCUGGUAGUUACAAUCAGGGUACUGGCGUCCUCAGGCAAUCCGUUGCUGAAAUUCCUCGUUCUCCCAUAAGCUCAUCAGUACCUCUAGCAGGAAGAAACUCCACGCAUUCCCGCACCCGGGUUCCUCCUCAUUCCACUCGUAAUAAUGGCAGACCACUUUCUCCAUCCAAGACAUUCACCUCCUCCCACAGAUCCAGCACACCUGAGGCCGAUGGGGCGCGUCAUAGGGGCAAUGCUCUACCUAAACCUCCUGUGUGGUCGAGAGAGAAACCUGUGCCUGCAGUCCUGCGUCCCUCUGUUCCUGUCAACAAGAGACCCAACCUGGUGGGGAAACCUAGUGACCAUGACAAACCCAUGGACCUGAAACAGGGAGACAAGGAGUCCAUCUUGAAGCCAUUCCCUCUGGUCACAGUCAAGCCCAAGCAAGAGCGCAGACAGCAGCAGACAACCACCUCUGCCCCGGCAGUAAACAGUACAACCAGCCGUUUUGACAUAAAUGAAAACUCCUCCAUAUUCAGGCCCUUGCCUGCAUCAGAGGUAGACAUCAUGGGCAAGAAGCGCUUUGUUGCUCCCCAUGUGAUAUACAAGACCGAUAAAAAGCCAGAUGAGCCGUGCUCCAUCACCUCCUCCCUCACUUACUUCCCUGACGAGGAGGGCAGUGAUCAGAACGUGACUGGUCCUCCCCGUGUCCCUCCCUCCAACCUCACUGUGGUUACUGUGGAGGGAUGCCCGUCUUUCGUCAUUCUUGACUGGCAGAAAUCUGACAAUGAAACCAGAGAGUAUGAAGUCGUAUCCACCACUAAAGGACCAAAUGGAGAGGAGGUGUCCAUACUGACCACCAACCAGACACACACAGCCGUGGAGAAUCUCAAACCAGAGAGCAGCUAUGAAUUCACAGUUACACCAAAGAAUGAGAUGGGAACAGGACCUUCCAGUGAUCCUGUGUCUUUUAGUACAGAAUCAGCGGAUCCACGAGUGAGCGAACACGUGUCAGCGGGCAAAGAUGCCAUCUGGACUCAGUUCCCAUUUAAAUCCGAUGACUACUCCGAAUGCAAUGGAAAGCAGUAUGUGAAGAGAACAUGGUACCGAAAGUUUGUGGGCAUCCAGCUCUGCAACUCUCUGAGAUACAAGAUCUACCUGAGUGACUCUCUCAAUGGGAAGUUUUACAACAUUGGAGAUCAGACGGGACAUGGUGAGGACCACUGUCAAUUUGUGGACUCCUUCCUGGAUGGACGAACUGGCACCCAGAUGUUUGCUGACCAGCUACCAAGCAGGCUAGGAUUUUAUAGGGCGUUGAGACAAGAACCUGUCAGCUUUGGAGAGAUUGGAGGGAAGUCACAUGUUACCUACGUGGGCUGGUACGAGUGUGGCACCCCCAUACCUGGGAAGUGGUAAGAUCCCAAAGGGCUGUCCAGGAAGGAUGACUUUGUCGAUGGGGAGGAAUAAGAUGUCUGACUAGGCCUAAAGGCAGGUGGGCCUUUCUUUCUUGUUACCAUGGACAAUGUUGAUAGGUCUAUCUGAUGGGUGUGAACUCAGCCUACUCUCCCAGGUAUCAACCUGUUCAGGACUAUUGUGUCACAAAACUCUAUUGAGUGCAUUUGUACCAUUAGUCUUAUUUCUCUAUUUAUCAAAAAUGCGUUCAACAAAGGAAUGCAGCAGUCUGAGUGAACCAAAAUGUUGAAUAUACAGUAGAGAAAAUAUUCCAGAGAAAAUGUUGGGAAGCUGGCUCCCAAAGUGUAAUAACUUGUAUGAUAUUAUUUAUCAAAGGGGAGCGUUAUUGAAUAUUCUCUGUGUGAUUUUGGGAUGAGAAAGUAAAAAUUGUUCCCAAUACUUUCAUGUCAAUGAGCACACACAUUUUGUCAUUUGUAUACAGAAAGGUGCAAAUCAUACUUCCAUUGUACAUUUGGAUUAUGUAAAAAUACAAGUAUACACAGACAUGCAGAAUUGACCUUCUGCUGGCCCUAAGGCAUUGUUAGCAGUUGCAGUUUGCACAGUAUUAAACCUUUGUUCAUAUAUGUAUAUGGUGUGAAAUUCAAUAUGUAUACCAGGGAUCAUAUAGUUUGAUAUAUUUCAGGUAAGAGAUAAAACAGCUAUUAGCCAAAUUGUUUAUCUAAUGUUAGAAAGCCAAAGCUUGAGCCCGAUGUUUCUAUGGGGUCUCUUGGAAAGAUUUAUGUAUUUUUAAUGCUUGUGCAGUUUUAUCCUGUAUUUUAUUAAAAAUUGAAAUACAUAUGAAAAAGAGUAACUGAAUCAAGCGUCAAUGUGGAAAAGACAUACUAUAAGUAAUGACAAAACUGAUUUUUUUUGUGUUCAAACAUACGAAAGUGUACAUAAAGCCUUAAAUCAUUGGAGAGAAAAUAUCAGGUUUUUCCCCACAUCUGGCACGACUGCAGUUGUUUUUGGUUCACCAUGUUU